UCGCAUCGCGCGGCGCUCCCCGGGGCCCCUGCGAACCAAAGGCUCAGCACACAGUGCGCCAGACUGUCGUCUGGACCCAACGAACGCGUCGCUGCUGCCCGAGAAGCCCGCGUUCCAUAGCGAGGCAGAGAGGCAAAGUUGGGCAGCAUCUAGGCAGCUCCCAAGCCACACGAGGCGCCGCAUCGCGUACGCCAACAUGUACCACGACGACACGAUCGGCCUGGCGGCCCUGCGCGAGCAGUACAAGAAGGAUGAAAGGUUGCGGGGGCCCGCCGAGGGCGCGCGCUCCAAGCCGAGCGGCGUGCGGCGACCGACGCCCCGCGACACGUCCUGCGACGCCGUCGCGCUCGACGUGUCCGGCCCGCUCAAGCCGCCCUUUUUCACGCGCGAGGCGUUAGAAGCGCACAACGCGGCCCAGCCGCCUGGAUCCGCCCGCAGCAGCGUGCGGUCGGCGCUGCGGAGCAACCCUGGAACAGCGCGGUCCGUGCCGGCGUCAGCCCGCUCCGGGCAGCACACUGCGCGCUCCUCCGUGCCGGCGUCGGCGCGGCUGACAGCUCGGACGGCCCGGUCCACGGCCUCGACGGAAAUCCCCAAGUCCCAGCGCUCCUACGCCGGCCACCACAUCCACGUGCCCCCUCCGCAAAGCGCUAGGUCCGAAGAUAUCCUGGAAACAGUAAGAAGCGACUGGGACACGGCGCGCGUCGAGCGCAAGUACGCAAAAUUACAAAAAGAGAAGGCCGACAUCCUCGCGCGCAUCGCCGAGGUCGACGCCCAGCUCGAAGCGCAGAGUGCCAAGGCCGAGCCCGGUUUUGGAAGGAGGAAGCGCGAGCACGGUAUUCAUGGAAGUCACCCGACGGGGUUGCAUCCUGCUUGAGUCCGUGGGCGCGGUUUAACACUUGUCUUUCUCAACUGCGCGUCGAGUUCUAUGAGCUGGGAACCUGCCAACAGGCUACCAAGUAAUUGUUACGGUG